AUGGCGUCGACGGACAAGGAGGACGAGGAGCUGACGAUUCCUCGGGCGGCGAUGAAUAAGCUGAUCAAAGAGCUGUUGCCCGACAUCCGUGUGGCCAACGACUCCCGAGAGCUGAUCCUUCAGUGCUGUUCCGAAUUCAUUCAUUGCAUCACUUCUGAGGCCAACACUAUAUGCGAAUCCCAGCAGAAGAAGACAAUGUCCGCCGAACACGUGUUGACAGCUUUGGACAAAUUGGGUUUUUCUCACUACAAAUCUGAGGCACAAUCGGUGGUCAACGACUGUAAGCGGAAGCGAAGGCGUCAGAGCACACGACUCGAGCACUUGGGUAUCCCCGAAGAGGAGCUCCUGAAGCAACAGCAGGCGCUCUUCGCCAAAGCGCGCGAAGAACAGGAACGCAUCGACAAACAGGAGUGGAUCCAAAUGCAAGCCGCGGCCAUCGCUCAGCAAAACCAGUUCACAAACAGCCAAUCAAACGAAGACGACGAGUAUUAG